CAUUACCUGCCACAUCAUGGAGUAAAGACACCUGGAAAAGCUGUUCGUAUUGUAUAUGAUGCGUCAGCAAAACUGAAACAAGGAGUUAGUCUCAAUGAAUGUCUUCGAGCUGGACCAGUAUUACUAGAAGAUUUAACAGGAUUAUUGAUAAGAUUCAGAUCUCAUAAAACAGCAAUAACAGCAGACGUUGAAAAGGCAUUUUUACAAAUUGGACUUCAAGAUGACAGUAAAGAUGUUACUAGAUUUCUAUGGCUCAAAGAUAUAACGAAAGCAGCUACUGAUGACAAUAUUAUACACCUUCGCUUUUGUCGAGUACCGUUUGGGGUCAUAUCUAGUCCAUUCUUGUUAAACGCAACUAUCAAAUACCAUUUAAUGCAGUCGGCUAAUAAGGCUGUACAACAAGUUUCUGGUGACAUAUAUGUAGACAAUUUGGUUACUGGGACGAAGACGACAUUACAAGCGAUUACAUUAUACAACAAUUUAAAAAGAGAAUUUGAGAAGAUAUCUAUGAAUCUAAGAGAGUGGAGUUCCAACUCGAAAGAAUUUAAAGAGAAGAUACCAGAUGUACUUGACAAAGAAGUUGUCAAGGUUCUCGGCUUAGACUGGAAUACAAACAAAGAUACAAUUCAAUUGAGACCAAACAAUGUUGACUUACAAACAACUAAACGAGGAGUCUUAAGGACAAUUGCUUCUACUUACGAUCCAUGUGGAUUUGUUGCACCAUCGUUGUUAUCACCAAAAUUGUUCAUGCAAGAUCUGUGGAAAAGCAAAAUUAAAUGGGAUUCAAAGUUACCCAAAGAAUUAUUUGAAGAAUGGAGAAACAUAUAUAAUAAUUUAGAAACUGAACAGGAAGAAAUACCAAGAUAUUAUACAAAGGACUUUGAAAGUAAAGAAAGUCAGUUACAUUGUUUCACGGAUGCAUCAACGAAGGCUUAUGCAGCUGUAGUAUAUAUAGUAAAUGAAAAUGGCAAAGGAUUUGUAAUAGGUAAAUCACGGUUAACACCUAUCAAGGACCAAGAUAAUUUGAAAAUACCUCGUCUAGAAUUAUUAGGCGUGCUGAUUGGCAGUAGACUAUUGAAGUAUGUUGAGAAAUCUUUGCAAAUUAAAAUAAGAAAACAAUUCUUAUGGACAGACAGUCAGAUUGUCAUCGAUUGGUAUAAUUCAAACAAGUUAUUAACACCUUUUGUCUCUAGAAGAAUUGGAGAGAUUAAACAGAACAAGAAUGUUAUCGUACGAUAUGUUCCAACAGAGUUGAAUCCUGCAGAUGUUGCAACACGCCCUAAUAAAACUAAACAAGAGAAGACAUACUGGCUUAAGGGUCCAGAUUUCCUUCUACAGAAUGCAAAUACAUGGCCUACUAACUUAUUAAAAGAACUUUCACUUCUGACAUCAGAAGAGCCUUUGAAGAUGGGUGAACAUUUGGAGAAUGUUCAUGAAGCUACAAAGCCAUUAAAUAAUAAAGAAGAAAGUAAAAGUAGUAAACACGAUAGUAAGUCAAAAGAAAUAGAAGAAAUGAAAAGAAUACAAGAAACUUAUUUUCCUGAUGAGGUUAAUAUGAAAGAAACUGCUUUAAGUCGAAAUCUACGAUUAUUUAAAGAUGAUGAUGGUUUGUUAAGAAGCAAAGGAAGAUUUGAAAAUACUGAAUGGUCGUUUGACAUGAAAUACCCAAUUUUAUUGCCCAAGAACUGUGACUUCACAAAUAGUUUAAUAAAGAGAAUACAUGAAGACAACUACCAUGUUGGAGCCAAUCAUACAUUGAGUUUAAUUCGGAAGUUGUACUGGAUACCACAGGGUAAAGCUCAAGUUCAAAAGAUUAUAAGACAGUGUUCGAGCUGUAUCAAGCAUGGAGGCGGUCCAUUCAAACUUCCGCCUACUCCUGCACUUCCUGCUGAGAGAGUGAACUAUAGUUCACCUUUUACAUUUACUGGACUUGAUUAUUUAGGACCAAUAUUAGUAAAGACUGAAAAUGGAGUUUCCAAGAGGUGGAUUUGUUUAUUCACUUGUUUAGCUGUAAGAGCUAUACAUCUAGAAAUGGUACAAGACUUAUCUGCUAAAGAAGGGCUACUUGCUCUAAGACGAAUGAUUUCUACAAGAGGGACUCCUGGUUUGAUAGUUUCAGACAAUGCUUCACAAUUCAAACUUAUAUCAGAGCUUCUAACCAAUCCAUACUGUAAAGAGAAUAAAAUUACAUGGAAAUUUAUACCACAGUUAUCACCAUGGUUUGGUGGUUUUUAUGAGAGACUAGUGAGUCUAGUAAAGCAUUGUAUGAAGAGAACAUUGCAUAAACAUUUGUUAAAUGACAGUGAAAUCAAUACAGUUAUUAAAGAAAUUGAAGCUAUUUUAAAUACAAGACCACUUACCUGUGUCGAUUCAGAAAUGGUGCAUAUACUGAAACCAGCUGAUUUUUUGAUGAUGGGUAAAUGUAUCAGGACAGAGACAACAAAUAAUAAAGACAUUCUUAUUGAAGGCACAACAACGAAACAAGAUUUGAUUCAAGGCUGGAAAAGAGCUUUAGUAAUUCUAGAUGAGUUUAAAGACAUGUUUAUGAACCGAUAUCUUUCUAGUCUUCGGGAAAGAUUUCAAAAUUCAUUAAAAGAGCCAAGAAUUAAGUCUCAGUUAAUACCUAAAGAAGGACAGGUAGUACAGAUAAAAGGAGAUACAAAAAAUAGAGAAGAUUGGAAAGUGGGUAGAAUAGUCUCACUUACUACAAACAAAGAUGGAUUUUGUAGAGUAGCUAAUGUUAAAGUUGGAAACAAGAUAUAUACGAGAUCAAUCACUCAGUUGUAUCCGCUUGAAGUUGAGGAUUUUGAUAAUGAAAAUAUUGAGAAUAGUUCUGAAAAUAUUGGUCAAACUCUAAAGAGAACAAGAAUAGUUGGUUCUGUGAAUGAUUCAAGGCCUAUAGAUAUUCCUGAAGAGGUAAUUACUAAUAUACAAAAUAAAGAUAAUGAUAUAGAAAUGGAAACUGUAAGAGACAGCACUAAACGAAUGAUUGAUGGGGUUACUGAAGUUGUCAGUGAACCAGAUAAUGAUAUUACUGAAGUUGUUAAUGAAUCAGAAAAUGAUGUUAAUGAACAAGAGAAUGAUAAUGAGUCUAGACCGGUGCGUGCCGCUGCCACGAGAGCCCUGGAAAAGAUAAGGGAAUGGACGGCCAACUUGGUCGCCCUACUAUGACAAGUUCUUCGUUCGUCGGGAGUGUCGUGACGAAGGCUGGUUGACGCCGUCACGAUGUCCCUAAAAUUCUUCGUUCGUCGGGAGUGUCGUGACGAAGGCUGGUUGACGCCGUCACGAUGUCCCUAAAAUUCUUCGUUCGUCGGGAGUGUCGUGACGAAGGCUGGUUGACGCCGUCACGAUGUCCCUAAAAUUCUUCGUUCGUCGGGAGUGUCGUGACGAUGAGUCACGAUUUUAAAUAUGGAAUGUCACAAGUAGCAACACCGAAACGGAAGCCCGCUAAUUUUUCUAUCAAUGGAGAAGUAAUCCGUAUCCAUGAGGUGAAAGGAAAGGUGUAAGGAAAGCCAUAUUGAGGAUCUGAUCACUGACAUAGGAACCUAUGAGUGAGUAAGAGUUACAUCCUAUCUACACAUACUGACUGGUAUUCGCGACGUCAGUCUAGUAUGUGUGCAUUCACAUCCCUACAAUAGAUUCAUAAUUCUUUGAUUAUAUACAUAAUUAUAGAUAGAUAUUUAUAAGUGUAAAAGAGUCGUC